AUGUUGACCACACAAAGAAGCCAGAUCAUACUCGACCCCAGAGAUUACAAGGUUGCAUGGAUUGCUCCACUCGAGAUCGAAGCCAAGGCUGCCAUGCAUCUACUAGAUGAACUACACCCAGGCCGGUUUCCCGUCGAUCGAGGCGAUGACUAUGUGUUCCAGGCGGGCGCUAUGGCAGGCCAUAGUAUCGUUAUAGCGACUCUGCCAGCGGGCCAACACUACGGCAACGUGUCUGCGGCUGGACUCGCUGGCCAAGUGAAGAGGUUUUUCCCCAACCUCUGGUUUGGCUUGCUCGUCGGGGUGGCAGCAGGGCUUCCCGACCUUUCCUGUGUCCCAGCACGCGAUAUUAGGCUGGGUGACGUGCUUGUCGGCCUUUCCGUUGGCGAGAGUGCUGGACUGGUUCCAUAUGAUCUCGGCAAAGAGACGGAUGAUGGUUUCCAGCCAUUGCGACUUGGCCACAGCCUCUCUAUGACAGAACCAAUUGUACGAUCGGCUAUAGGCAACAUAAGACUCCAGGCACCCAACGACACCGAAGUCUUCUUGCCAUACUACGAGAAGAUAUGCAAUUGCAAACACGCCACUGGCACAUUCGCUGAUCCAGGGCAAGACAAUGACAUACUAUUCAACGAUGAUGGAGAUGACAAAGUCGUUGAGCGUCCUCGACGACCAAAAUCAAACUAUCAACGCGCUCGAGUGUGGUAUGGCCCUAUCGGGUCAGGAGAUAAGCUUUUGAAGAACGCGAAAAAGCGGAAUGAAUUGAGGGACAAAUAUGGUAUCAUUGGCUUGGAAAUGGAAGCCGCAGGAAUCAUGAAUCGAAUUCCAGUUGGCGUUAUCCGAGGAGUAUGCGAUUAUGGCGAUCGACACAAGAACAAAGAUUGGCAACCGUAUGCCGCAGCCAUGGCGGCUUCUUAUGCUCGAGCGUUGCUUGAUGAGAUCCCGUCAAGUCAGAUGACUACAGACAUGAUCCAACGUGCUUAUGGUGAUAUCGCAAAGCAGCUUCGGCUGCAGAAGACUAGCGAGGACGAGGAUGUGAAGGACCUGGUCUGUAGGUAUCUCAGCUCAGACGAAGCUGGCAAAUGGCUCUUCAUUGUGGACAAUGCCGACGACCGGCAACUCGUUAAUGGAUCCUACAAGAAGCCAGGUUUGGAAGAGUACUUGCCUCAGAACGAGAAUGGUAUUGUCUUAUUGACGACGCGGUCUGGGCAUGUUGCUGAGGACUUUGCGCAAUCAGAAGUCAUCGAUAUCCAGCAGAUGAAUCUGGAAGAAGCUACGACUCUCUUGAAAAAGUCUCUGACUCAAAGGCAACUGCUCCAGGAUGAAGUAGCGAUCGUCAAGUUACUCACCUACCUGACCUGUCUCCCCCUGGCUAUUACGCAGGCUGCCUCGUACAUCAACCAGACUAAAGUACCUGUGCGGACAUAUCUAGGCCUCUUGCGAAACGACGAGGUUACAGGUAUGAAAGUUCUCGAGAGGGAGUUCAGAGGCAAUACCCGGCGUGACAGGAGCUCCCAAAACGCUGUAGGAACAACAUGGAUUGUGUCUUUCCGCCAAAUCCAAAAAUCGAACCAACUCGCUAUUGAUCUGUUGUCAUUCAUAUCCUGCAUAGAUCCACACGCAAUUCCACAGUCGAUAUUGCCUGAUGCAAGGCCGGGCGUAUUGGAAUGGGCCCUUGGCACGCUUUGCAGCUUUUCUUUUCUGGUCUGUCGCGAAGAAAGCGACGUGUUCGACAUGCACGGCCUUGUACACACUGCAACACGGACUUGGCUUCAGAGGCAGAACCAGGAGAGACAGAUAUCAAACAACGCGAUACGUCACCUUGCGGCAAAGUUCCCCGGAAUACGCGAUGCUCACUAUGACGACUUGAGAAGGGAGUAUCUGCCACAUGUGAUGAGGUUACUAAGCCGAAAUCAUGAAGACCAUCCGGUGGAAAUUUUGAAGAAGCGAUAA